GAUAUUUUCUUCCAAUAAAGCCGCAUAAGAAAUGGCCGCUAACCGUGAACGAAGAUCGAACGCCGGCCGGCGCAUGGCCGGUUUGCUGGACGAAGAGGAAGAGGACGAAUUCUACAAAACCUCUUACGGAGGAUUCAGUGAAACGGUCGACGAUCGAGAUUAUGUACAAAAGAACGACGACGAGGAAGACAUUGUAGACUCCGACUUCAGUAUUGAUGAGAACGAUGAGCCCGUAUCGGACGCCGAGGAGGAAUCGGGCAAGGGACCGAAGAGGCGUCGCCAAGUGGGCACGGUUACGAAAGCGUACCGCGAGCCGCCGCCCAAAAAGGCGGCCGUUAAGCCGGCCAGAGAAACAAAACCGAAAGCGGAGCGUCAGGCUACGCUGCGGAAGCGCGCCAAGUUCACGGUGAUCGAUUCGGGACGCAAAUCGUUCCGCAAAUCGACCGCCGCCAAAACUGCCGCGACACAGAGCCGGCUCCGGCAGAGAUUCGAAGCGGAACGGAAACGGACACGGGUGAUCAGAACGGAAGUGUACAUCCCUACGCAAGAGGAACUGCUGGAAGAGGCGGAGAUUACGGAACGAGAGAAUCUGAAAUCGCUCGAACGCUUCCGAAGGAUGGAGCUGGAAAAGCAGAAAACACGACCCACGAAGCGCAAGUUUUCGGGCCCUACAAUCCGGUACCUGUCCACGGCAAUGCCAAUUAUCGAGGUGAUGUCGAGCGGCAAACCAGACGACGGUACACCGAACAAAUCUGCAGAAAGGGACGCGUUCGAUCUGACUGAGAAAAGUCUCAACCUGAGGGAUAAGACGGCGAAACGGAACAAAAAGAAAACGAAAGUAGAAGUAACUGGCCAGUACGAGCGAACGUUCAUCACGUUCGAAAAUGAUCUGGAUGAGAAGAUUUUCGACUCGAUCUUCACCAAACCGGACACCGCCCGAAGUCACCGUCAGAUCUGUGCCGUUACUAGGCUUCCGGCCCGCUACUACGACCCCGUCACGCAGCUACCGUACCGGAACAUGCAGACAUUCAAGAUCCUACGCGAAGCGUACUACCAGCAGCUGGAGGAACGGGGCAACACGGACAAUCCGGAAGUUGCCCAGUGGUUAGAGUGGCGCCGCAAGAUCAAGCAGUUCCGGGUGGCCGCACUGAAAAAAUCCCAAUCGGAGGCAGCAAGCAGCGAAAGGGUGCCGCCGAAAACGACAGAAACCGCCAUCGGAAGUAGAGUGAAAUAGAGCCCCCAGUCUUGUGCUGCUUCUUUCGGAAAUAGGUAAU